AGCGCAUUGGAGAAGAAUAAAAAUUACUCGUUUUUAAUGUCAGAAUGUAUACUUUAAUUUUCAUGAUCAAAUAUAAUUGAUAUCAAGACAUUUUACUUUUGUAAAAUAUAAUUUAUAAUUACAAGAUGCCAAUAGCAAUGACUAAAGAUCAAUGGGCUCGGAUACACAAAUGGACGGAGAGCAACGACGACCCGGAUGCGACACGACGCCGGAAUUACGUGAAGUACUUGAACGAUACCAGCAGAGAAAUGACGAAACAUUGGCCGAACUCGUUGGAUAAAGUAAACAAACGCAACGAGGAACUCCGGCAAGCGCGCAUCGCGGCGGCCGAAGAGGCGAACAAUAAGUUCUACCGGCGCUACAUGCGGCGCAAGCGAGAAGAGCAACAGGAGCUGAUGUACUCCGCGCGGGAGACGGUCUUCAAGAACACAGACGCACCUAAACUGCUGCUCUCUGCGGUGAUCGAAACAGUUGUUCAGAAAGAACGCGAAGAGCAAAUCAAGUUUAACAAAGAGUUGCAGAAGCUGGCAAUGGAGCAGAAGAAGAAAGACGAUGAUGAAAUCAUACGCAAGUCCAAGGAGUGGCACCAGCUCAUGGCUGACCGCAAAAAGAAACGCUUUGAUGCCGAUAAAAAAUAUCAAAAGGAAAUACUUGAGCAAGCUAAAGAGGUGGCGGAGAGAAAUCGUACGGAGUACGAAACUGAGCUGGAGAUGCAGAAGAUCGACAACAUGAAGGCGGACGCUGAAAUGGACGCUCUCGAUAAGUUUGACGAAGACUUUAAAGCAGCAGAAAAGGCGCGCAUUCUGUUCGACAUGAAACGUUCUCAUGAAGAGUUCGAAAAGAGACAGCGAGAGAAUGAGGCGCGUGACCGGACUGACGACCGGCUAAUAGAGGUGCUGCAGAAAUCUCGCGCCAGGGUCGAGGCUAAGCGGAAGCAGACUGAAAAAGCGAUGAAAAAUGAGAAGCUUCGUAUUUUGGAGGAAAUAAGUCAUAAGCUGGAGAGCGGUGACGCAGCUCGCGAUCAGAAGGAGAAAGAGAAUUUGGAGAAAGCUGUGCGAGAGAAAGAUGCAGCCGCAAAAGCUCGUAGGCAAGCAGACGCCAACAGGGAAGCCAAGAUAAAACAGGAGAGGAUCGAGAUUCAGGAGCAGUUCCUAGAGAAAGAGAGACAGAGAUUGCAUGAGCUCGACACCAUGCACACUUGGGAUAUGAUGAACAGGUUUAAGAAUGCGGAGCUCUACGAAGAUUAUCAGAAAAAGUUACGUGAUGAGAAGAAGAGGAAAAUACAAGAGUACCGUGCUGACAUCCUCAAGCUUUGGCGCGAGCGUGAGGAGCGCGAGGCGCAGGCCCGCGCCGACACUCGUCACUUCUACGGCGAGCUGGCGGAGCAGAAGCUGCGGGCCCAGGACAACAAGCUGUUCACGUACUGGAGCCGGCUGCUGGAGGAGGCGCGGCGCCACGGCCGCCCCGACCACGCGCUGCUCAGAGUCAGAGAUGAAUACUGCAAGAAAUAUCGGCUGUACCCGAUGCCGGAGCUGCCCACGUCGAUGCAGGAGCACUUCGAAGGGUACGCGCCGCGAGACCUGUCGCUUCCCGAUCAGUCGUACCGCUACCCGCCACCGCCCGCGCGCGAGCCUGACGAGGGGGAGGAGGGGGGCGGCCUGGCGGGGGAGAGGAGGGACGGACUGCAACCGUCCGCUACCGAGCGCGAGCCUAUGCCUGGACCGUCGAAACCGAGAGAUUACAAUCCACCGGUGAUCGAUGCCGACUACAAGAGAUCUGCACCAGCUAAUGGCAUGCAGAGACGGAAAACUAUGGAGUUAUCUGAAGCCUGCGCGACGAACGGCUGCAACUGUGAGCUCAAGAGAAAAUAAAACAAACAUUUACAAAAUACGAAUUUAUUUGAGAGCAAUGUGUAACGAGUGAGUGAGCGAUAUGGCACCGUCUCUGUCUGACUAGACUGUAAAAUGUCGAUAUUAAACAUUAUUUAUUGGUUA